AUGACUCCUUUGGAGCAGCUGGAGAGAUCUCUUCUAUGGAAGGUUGAAGGCAACGACUUCUUCAAGCGAGGAGAGUUGUUUAAAGCUGCAGACUGCUACUACCACGCCAUCGUUUUUGCCAGGGAUCUCACCAAGAAUCCGCAGCACUAUCCCGAGAUGAAACACACGUCGCAAGAGAUGACCAAGGCCAAGGAGCUGUGUGAGUCUGUCUUCACCAACUUGGCGCUGGUGCAGCUGAAGUAUGGCUGCAGCUUGAGCCCCGAAAACUCUGAGCGAUGUAAGGUUUUGGAAGAAGGAGCGAAAUCGGCAUCGCAAGCCUUAAAGCUGAAUGCAAAAAAUGUCAAAGCUCUCUACAGAAGAGCUGCCACAAAUGCAGUUUUGGCAAAAACUAACAAAACAAAUUCAGAGGCACAAGAGAUGUGUGCAGAGGUGAAAGCAGAUUUGAUGAAGGUGAUCGAAGCCGAACCACAAAACAAGGAAGCUCGUGCCGAGCUCAAAGCAGUUCAGGAGCAUCUGAAGCAACUCAAGCGUGAAGAGCGCGAAGGUGAAAAGCGAGAGUUUUCCUUUGCCAGUACUUUGUCGGGCAUGGGUUUCAAGGAGAAGGAUCUUCUUGGAGAUGGCUCUGUUCGAAAGCAGCAGGUCUCCACUGGUGAUGGUGGCAAAUGGCUCAACGAGGAUUGGCUUCAGUGGACUUCGCGGACAAAAUGCGUGAUCCAUGUCGCUGUUAGUUCAGUGCAAGAAGGCCCUCCAGUCACUCCAGUGAGCCUUUCCUUCAUCCUGGGGGAUCCAGAUAUGCAUGAAGGGAUCAACUUGGCUGUCAAGUCCAUGACCAAGGGUGAGGUGGCUAACUUCACCUUUGCUCGGCAGCGACUCGCGGCUGACAGUGGCCUCACCCGGCUCCUGCCGAAGGUCGAGGAAUCUUGCCAGUGGCAGAUCGAGUUCCAAAAGUUUGUGACCUGGGAAGACUUGGAUCGAAAUGGCGAGAGGCUUCGGAAGAUUCACGAAGAGGGCUACGGGGCGUGCCUGGCCGAGGACCUUUCAGAGGUUUUCGUCCAUUGGCGCUUAACGGGACCUGACAACAAGCUGGUCCACUCUACAAGGUACACAGUACGGAUGGCUGAUGGCCAAGAUAUGAAGCAAGUGGAGGAUGAGGACAAAGUGGCUCCCUCCUUCAUCGUUGGCGAGUCAGCAUGGUCUCCAGUAGCCACCCUUUGCCGUUCUUUGAAACAAGGAGGCGUUGCCGAACUGCGUCUCAAAGAUGUACCAGAACUCCCACAGGAUCCAAAUAACGACGAUGUCUCAGCGAAGCUUUCGAUGAUGAUGAAUCGCGGCUCGACUGCGAAGCUCAGUCAUUGCACGGUCAAGGUGGAGCUCGAAAGAGUAGUCCCAGCUGUCACUGGCCCAGAAGAUAGCAGAUGGCAAGGAGCAGAAACGCUGCUGCAGGAGCGCUUUCAUGCAGAACACCUUCUGGAACAAGGAUACGAGCAAGCGGCCCUGGCCAGACUGCGAAGAGUAGUUGGUUGGGCUCAGCAGCUCCCGGCAACAGAGGCAACAUCCGUCCAGGAAGACGUUGCCCUGGCGCGGACUGCCAUAGGUUGGGCAUGUGCAUGCCGCGCAGCUCCAAUCCUGGACAGCGGCAGUGUGAGCUCAGAUGUUCUCAAAGCGGCCCGGAAGGAUAUGGACGAAGCAGAGGAGCAUUGUUCUUGGCUAGAAUCACACAGCCAUGCAGGUGCUCGGCUGCUGCGUGCAAAGAUCCUGGUUGUCAAUGAUGAUGACUUUGCAAAUCUGGUUUUGGCUCAAAGUGCAGUACGGGUUCAACAAUCCAUAGGGACAAUGCAUUGGGCGCUUGUAUUUCUCCCAUGGCUUUGUGCCGCCAGUUCGGGCAACAUGAACGGCAAGUAUAGCGUGGCAAGUGGAGAUCGCCAGGACGUCAAGUUUAAUGACGACUACGCUUCCAAGGGCCACGAGUUUUUCGAUGUGUGGGCACCGGAGAUUGCCACCCACUACGGUGAGGUUUUUUGGACCGACCAGGGGAAUCAACCGCUGCCUCCGGAGAUCGUGAAGCGCUUUCAGGGCAAAGUCAUUGCCAUCACCGGCUACGAGAUGGACCAAGUGAUGGUGGAUCCAGUGGGCCAUCCUGGGGUGAACCCCAAGAAGGAUGUCUCGGUACCUAUAAACUGGGCAUAUAAUCAUCACUACAUGGCCUUCAUGACAGGUGUUCACUCCGAGUUGAGGAGAGUUGCAGCAGCACCUGGUGAUCCAAUGGCUCAUGGAGCUGCAACCAAAUGGAUUGCCAUUGAUAAGCCAUCAGCGGCGCAACGAAAAGACACCUCCAUCCCAACCUCCCAAUUCUUUUCAGAAGGAAAUGGCGGUGAGUCUCGGAAGUCAUUCCAUGGAUACCCUGAUGGAUAUGCCCAGCUCAUUGAAUCGCCGAACAUGUGGCACAUUACUCCAAUGCAAAUCGAUACUCGAAACCGCGACUGCGGAGUGAGCCCCGCAGACAUCAAUAACUGCACAAAGUUUGUACCGGGGCCAGAACCAAAGCAGGCAAGGUAUGGUUUGGGCACUCCUGCGGACACCAACUACAGUGGCAUCUUGGAGUGCCCUUGCAAUUCCAGAUAUGGGGGCGAUCCCAUGUUUUACCCCGAAGCCCAAACGAAGCUGAUCGAGCAUAAGUACACCUUGGGCUCUAAUGUGUGCAAGCGUGGCGAGGGAGUGUCCAGUGCAGCCAGUUGCUUUGCUGGUGUUCAAACCUUGGGGAUCAACGCUUCCCACUUUAUCAACAAGAGUGUGUCAAAGCAACAGCUGCCACCGGGUUGUUCAAUGACAAGGCUUGCCAACGACACAGUGGUUGUGUACUUCAACAGUGGAGGGAAAGGAAAUUGCAGUUCCUCCAGCAAGCGUUCUGGGGAGGGAAGUUCCAAGGUCGGAGUGAAUGUGGCCAUAGAACUUGAUAGCAGUGGCAUGUUCAAGAUGUCUCCCGCUGGCCAGUAUUGCAGUGAGAAUCGUGCGAGCAAGAUCACUUCCUUUGAAAUGAAAAGCUCCACGCUGCAAGCUGCCCGGGAGGCCAGGGAUCAGUGCCAGGAGUUUUGCUGGAAGACAUCUGGAUGCUGGGGUUGUAGCGUGGAUUGUGAGAAGGUACCCUAUGCGUAUGGAGCACCCAUCCAAGCUUGCCAGUGGAAUGCCAUCUCCUCUUGCGGGAAAGUCGAAAGCUGGACAGGCUCCAUUGAAGGAGACAUCAGUGAAAAGCAACCGCAGGGUGGAAAGGCCACCAUUACCAUGUCGGGUCCUGCCGACUCCUGGUUUGGUGCUGGAUUCAACGCAUCCGCAAUGGCAGAUAGCCCCUACACACUGGUAGUGAACCAAGAUGGUGUGACAGAGAGGAAGAUUGGCACUUGCGGAUCUGAAGCAGAGCAUUGUCCUGGCAUCCAGCUGCCCUCCAGUGUCACCGUGUUGUCAAACUCCGUGGUUGGAGGUGUCCGAACAGUUGUUAUGACCAGAGCUUUGGUCGGACUCUCCAAAGAUCACUACAGUUUCAAUCCGUUCUCGGAUGAAACCAUCAUUUUCAUCACAGCUGUGGGUUCCUCCCAAACCUUUGCAUAUCACCGUGCCCAUGGACCAUUGCAGUUGGCCCUUACCACAGUCGGCUCGGUUUCUUGCGUGUGUGAUGCAGGCUUGACUGGACGGCUGUGUGAAGCGGGUGGUGUAAACUGCCACGAGUUCGUCAAGGAUUGUGUCGCCUCUCCGGCGGGUGAUUUGCUCUCGCAGAUGAACCCAACUUGCAAUGCACGACAGUACUCAGGUGGAUUGAACUGCUGCCACCACAAGAGAAUCAUGCUGGAUGCUGACCAAGAGAUUCGACCCGAGCUGCUCCGCUAUCACAUGAAAUUCCGCUUCUGGUUUCAAGAGUAUCAACAGAAAGAAGUGAAUGGCUAUGGCAAGGCCUCCCAUGCCAAUUUGCCUCGCAUUUACUACCAGACCGAAGCUCAUGCUGGAGAAUAUGACAUUCCUCCCGCAUUUGCUAAGCCGGGCCACCCUGUGGUAGGCUACCCAGAUUGGCCACUGAACAAACCGACGCCCGGUACCACUUGCACUGGAAAUUGCCCUGAUGGGCCUGACUGCGAAUGUGUCCACACCAUUACGUUCCACUGGACGGUCAGCAACAUUCGCCUGAUCUAUGCAGGUGGACAUUGCCAUGCUCCCAGCUGUAUUUCCAUUGAUCUCUACCACAACCUCACUGGAACGCCGCAGCUCCUUUGCCGCCAGUUGCCAAAGUAUGGCCAAGGCAACUUCCCGAAGGACAAGUUCGAUGAAGCUGGCUAUGUGGCGCUCCCACCUUGCCUUUGGAGCGAUGAGGAUCCCAGCUUGGACAACAGCGUUUGGCUACCAAAGAACACUCCUAUGAUCUCGGUCAAAAAGAACAAGAACACGCAUUUGGGGCAUUUUGGCGAAAUGGCUUCAUGGCAGAUGCGUGGCGUGAACUUUCCGGCUGAACCUCCCACCUUCAUUUAA